UGUGCCGAGCUACUCCCUGCGGGAUCAGAGCGCUCCCCCGCCGGGACCCUUCUCUCACAUCCCCCUGCUGGGACGCGGCUACAUUUCCAGCCAAGCACUGCCUGCCUUGGCUUUAUUAUGUGUGUCUGCGCCGCAGCCCCGCCAGCAGAGGCAGGCAGAGGAGGAGGAGGGAGACUGGUAGCCAGAGUCAGGACAAAGAAAAAGCAGGGAGACAGAGGCUAGCGAAGGGUUAGACUAGUUGAAAUCUUAGGCUGCUAUUAAUACCGCUGGUAGGGCAUUGGGAAAUAUUAACAAAAAGAAAGCGUGGGUAGUAAAAGCAGCAUUCCCCUCGGGGUGGAGAUGCAGGGGAAGAGCGCAAUGUCCAUGCCACCAGACCACCACCACCACCACUGCCUAGUGUAGAAUAGCGGGACGGAACUUAGGAGGCCGGUCAGUUCGGAUCGGUGCCGCUUCUCAGGAGGGAAAAGAAAAACUAAAUAGACUGAAAUAGUUUCGAUAAACUAAAAAAAAAAACAACAAACAAAAACCCCGACGAAGAAGCCAGGAUCGCGGGGGGAAGAAGACACGCUUCAUUCUGAAAGCAAUUUCCCAAAACAUUCUCCGUCGCCUCUCCUCACCUGGACUGUCACGUACCGCCGUGGCACCGCCAACUCGCACUCGGACGGUGCCACUGUCACUUUUACUUAAUAGCGCGCUGGACCUGCUCAGGUGUUUUCCGCGCGCGUGGCUGGCAGCUCGCGCUCCGCUCCGCUAGUGGUGGAAGGAGUCGGAGCUGCACCGGAGAAGCAAAACGCGUGCGGGGGUAAAGAGAAGAAACCAAAAAAAAAAAAAAAAAAAAAAAAGCGAGGCUGCCGACGUCGCGGCACGCGGUAGCGAAGAAGAACGGAACAUCAACGGGAAGUUGUUCCCGUUUAUUCUACAGGUUGUGCGGCCCAUAGCGAACACUGAGGAGGAAAACGCGCCAGAAGAGCCGAGUGUCGCCCCCGAGCUGCUCGUCUCCCGGCGUUUUUGGUUUGUUGUCGUUGGACUAACGGCAGUUUCCCACUCAGAGGUUGAAGCUGCCGCAUUGCAACAGGCGAAGAAGCAGCAGCGAAGUGGAGGAGGAGGAAAGAUAACCCGAUUGUGUUAGCCUGUAUGGUUAUCUGAAAACACGGAACGGAACAAAACAAUUCGAGAAUAAGAAUUUAAAAAGCAGUUCGAGAGCAGAGAUGUCUAGACGAAAACAGGCCAAGCCGCGCUCCGUUAAAGCGGUAGAAGAAGGGGAGUCUUCAGAGUGUGGAGGCACCUGGGAUGAAUCAACUGUCCAGACAGAAGUUCCAGCAUCUGACAGAGAGGCAGAGCCCAAAGAAGGUCAGAGGGCAAGUGCUGAAGAUGGAGAACAAGAGGAGCAUGAUGACCGUGAUGAACGAGAUCAUGAUGAUGACUUAGAUGACGAGUCCAUCUUCACCUGUGACAACUGUCAGCAGGACUUCGACUGUCUGGCCGAGCUCACUGAACACAGAACCAACCACUGCCCAGCUGACUGCUCCCCAUGUGACCUGCAAGGACAGCAGCAGAGGACUGUGGAGGGUUUCAACCCUGUGCAUAUGCGUGAACUGCUGCACCGAUCCCGUCCAGGCCCAGACACAGGGGUGAAGGCCAACAUCAGUAGGGGGAAAACUGUUGGAGAGACGGAGGGAGAGAUCCGUCUGAGCUACCUGAAGCGUCAUGAGCAGAUCCACAGUGAUAAGCUGCCUUUCAAGUGCACCUUCUGCAGCCGCCUGUUUAAACACAAGAGGAGCAGAGACCGCCAUGUCAAACUCCACACCGGAGACAAGAAGUAUAGUUGUCAGGAGUGUGAAGCUGCAUUCUCUCGCUCUGAUCACCUAAAGAUCCAUCUAAAGACACACAGGUAA